AUGAGUCUUGCUAAAAAAGGUCUUUUCGAUGGUGAACUGCUCGGCAUCGGCUGCAGUAUUGCUGACAACGCGAUCUAUAUUGUCAAACAUGCAAAUAAUGUUCACUUCAUAGGGUUUAAUUUGGUUCCAAAGACCAUUCAGAUUGCUCGUGAAAAAGCUGAAAAGAAUCAAGUAAAUAUUCGAUUUGAAGUUGUGAAUAUUCUUGAUGAUCUUUUGAAAACCAGUACCAUCAAACAACAUUCAUACGACAUAUAA